GCUCCCCACCCCUGUGCAAAGUUUCCCGGAAAAGGAUUAAGUGCUUUCUUUGCGUAUUUCAGCUCCCGUACAAUCAAACGGCGACCGCAAUAAAAGCUCCACGUCGAAGGCAAACACCUUUAUGGGGGAUUUUGUGAAGCCUGGAGAUGCUGCUGCUGAUGCAGGCGACGACUGCAGCAUCGCACUCGGGCAUGCGUUCAUUCACCCGUGCCGCAAGGUGAUGCUGGCCCACCCGUGUGUGAGCGCCUCACCUUGACGGCGUGCGUGCGGGAAGAGUGACCGGGCUGGAGGUUCAGGGAGGCGGCGUUGGAGUGCAGGGAGUGCCGGUGGAAUCAUCGUUUUUGCAGAAGCCUUCUGACCAUGUGGGGUCCAAACGUCUUACCUUCUGAGUAACCUUCCUUCAAAGUGCUCCACAUCCUUGAGAAGAAACGUCAGAGGAAGUUCUUUCGUGUGGAAGUGGACCUCUAAGCUGUCAGCAUGAGCGGCCUGGCAGGCAAGCUGGACCCCCGUAGGAUCCAGUGGGGCUCCGCAUGGAACACCUUCACGUCCCGCGUCCUGAGGACCAAACCCGUGGAGUCCAUGUUGGAUUCGGCCAUGUCGGGCACGGGUCCUCACGGCACCAAGCUGGCCCGCGUGCUGUCCACGAUGGACCUGGUGUCGCUGGGCGUGGGCAGCUGCGUGGGCACGGGGAUGUACGUGGUGUCCGGCCUGGUGGCCAAAGAGAUGGCCGGUCCCGGCGUCAUCGUGUCCUUCAUUAUCGCCGCCGUGGCCUCCAUUUUGUCAGGAGUGUGUUACGCAGAGUUUGGCGUGCGCGUGCCAAAGACCACAGGCUCGGCCUACACGUACAGCUACGUGACGGUGGGCGAGUGCGUGGCCUUCUUCAUCGGAUGGAACCUCAUCCUGGAGUACUUGAUCGGCACGGCGGCGGGGGCGUCGGCGCUCAGCAGCAUGGCCGACUCGCUGGCCAACCACAGCAUCAGCAACUUUAUGACGACGCACAUCGGAACACUCAACGGCUUUGGUAAAGGUGAGCAGUCCUAUCCUGACCUGCUGGCGCUGCUCAUCGCUCUGCUGGUGACGGUGAUCGUGGCGCUGGGUGUGAAGAACUCUGUGGGCUUCAACAACGCCCUCAACGUCAUCAACCUGGUGGUGUGGGUGUUCUUGAUGAUCGCCGGCCUCUUCUUCGUCAACGGGGAGAACUGGGACGAUGGGAGGUUCCUGCCCUUUGGCUGGUCGGGGGUGAUGCAAGGCGCCGCCACCUGUUUCUACGCUUUCAUCGGCUUCGACAUCAUCGCCACGACGGGGGAAGAAGCCAAAAGUCCCAACACGUCCAUCCCGUACGCCAUCACCGCCUCGCUCAUCACUUGUCUCACGGCGUAUGUCUCGGUGUCGGUCAUCUUGACCCUGAUGGUCCCCUACAACGAGAUCGACGCAGACGCCCCCCUCAUGGAGAUGUUCGCCAUGCACGGCUGCAUGUUCGCCAAGUACAUCGUGGCGGUGGGCUCCAUCGCCGGGCUCACCGUGUCCCUGCUGGGGUCCUUGUUCCCCAUGCCCAGGGUCAUCUACGCCAUGGCGGGGGACGGCCUCCUCUUCAAGUUCUUGGCCCACGUGUCCUCCUACACCGAGACCCCCGCCGUGGCCUGCGUGGUGUCGGGCUUCUUGGCAGCGCUCUUGUCCCUCCUGGUCAGUCUCAGGGACCUGAUAGAGAUGAUGUCCAUCGGGACCCUGUUGGCCUACACUUUAGUCAGCCUGUGCGUGCUGCUGCUGCGCUACCAGCCCGAGGGCGACAUCCACGGCUUCGUCAACUUCCUGUCCGAGGAGCAGAACACGAAGAAGAAAGAAGGUGUCCUGGCCGAGUGCGAGAAGGACGUCUGCUCGCCGACCAACGAGGCCGACGAGUACGGGGGCCUGCCCACGAACACCUGCGGCGCCAAGAACCUUCCCUCGCUGGGUGACAACGAGAUGCUGAUCGGCAAGCCGGACAAGAACGCCUACACCGCCAGCCACCCCAACUACGGCACGGUGGACAUGACCAGCGGCAUCGAGGCCGAGGAGUCGGAGGACGGGAUGACGCGGCGCUUGAAGAAACUCAUCGGGCCGCGCUACUACACCUUGAGGAUAAGACUGGGACUACCGGGGAAGAUGGACCGUCCCACGCCGGUCACGGGGAAGACCGUUACCGUGUGUGUGCUGCUCCUAUUCAUCUUCAUUUUCGCUUUCUGCUCUUUUAUCAUAUUUGGAGCGGGCAGUAUCGGUGAAGGUCGCUGGUGGGCUCUGCUCCUGCUAAUCUUCUUCAUCGUCUUCAUCGCCCUGCUCAUCAUUAUCAUCCUGCAGCAGCCCGAGAACCCCAAGCGGCUGCCCUACAUGGCGCCCUGCGUGCCCUUCGUGCCCGCGUCAGCCAUGCUGGUCAACAUCUACCUCAUGCUCAAACUGUCCGCCAUCACCUGGAUACGCUUCUCCAUCUGGUGUCUCGUGGGUGUGCUGAUCUACUUUGGCUACGGCAUGUGGAACAGCACCUUGGAGAUCACGGCCAGGGAGAACGAGGUGCACGCCUCCACCUACCAGCGCUACGACCAAGGCGUGGACGAGGGCUUCUGCGGAUUCGACGACGACUUCUACCCGCCCGCCAGCGACACCUGGGAGACGCCUGAGGCGGGGUCGGGCCUGGGACGCGCCCCUGAGGCGGUGCCGGAGAGCGACGGCACCCCGGUUAAAAGGGGAGGCGUCCCUAACCAGGCCAUGGCGGAAGAAGACCCCAUGGACUUCUGAAGGGGAGGGACUCAUCAUGAAUGUACUGCCUUGUCUGCGCCCCGGGGGGUGGGUUGGCACGGGUGACGGGAUGGUGCAUGCAUGCCAGCAUGUCGGUGUGUCUCGGGCUACAUUGUCCCUCCCACUCCCACACACUCCCCCCUUUCUUCACUGCUUGCUUUCGCCACCUAAAAUGGAAGCUCAUACUGGUCAUGACACAGACCCCCCGCCCCCCAUGAAAAAGACAGAUAGGAAAGUGUAGACAUAUCAAGAGAUAAGCGCCUGACUGGGAAUGAAACAACAGUCCAAUCCGUCACAAAAAGACACGUCUUAUCAUAAGACGAGCGUUCGUCACACGUCCCAAACAUCUGUCCCAGGAAGGACUGAGGACAACAUGGGGGGUGUUCUCACAAUUACUUCUCGGAACUGUGCUUGCGAUUAGUGCCUUCAUGUUGUUAUGGUGUGUUUCUCAAUUUGUGCACAACGUGAGCGUUUUCACGUCCGUCGUCCUCGUCCGUUUUCUUCUCGGAGUUGUUUUGUGUCUCGUUUGUUUUGUCCUUCCUCUCUGCAUGUUUGGUUCUUUCUGCUCUUUUCUGCAUGCAUGCCUUUCUUGCUGCUUCCUGGUUACAGUUUGUUUUUCCUAACCAGACCCCCCCCUAGUAAUAAUGCCGGCAUUAGUUUCCAGCCAGCGUUCUAAAUAUUGAGAACCUUAGAACCUUUACAACUCUUGUGUCACCCAAUCUAGGCCAAAGGAUCACGUGUGUUCUCAGUGUGUGGCCUUUUGUCCACAUGUAGUUUUGGACGGGGCCCUGGACAAGGGGGGCACAAGUGGCGACGAUUCUAAGGGCCCAUGACUGACAGAACCCUAAAAAAGAGGAACAUAUUAGAAUCCUGUCUGCAUGUUUUUUUUUUGAAAUGACGAACUACGGCUAAAUACUUGGACAUGUGGGGGCGGUCAUCCCAGGGGCAAACAUUUGGGGCCACGUUUGGAAAGAAGGGAAAUAAAGAAAGAAAGUAAAUAGUAGCAGAAUAAUUAUUGGUGGAACUGAAAUAAAAUCAUGAAAUAUGGUGGCCCCCUAAGGCUCUUAACUUGAGUAUGUGAGGGUGGUCACCACAUUUUUGAGGGCGCAAGACUAAAAAUAAAAUAGGAGAGAAAAAAAAAUCAUAUUAGUGCUGCAAUGGAAAGAAGAAAUACAUAUUAGUUGUCUGUAUGUAUAUUUUUUUAAUCAGGGGUCUGUAAGAAUAAAUACCUGGACUUUGGGGGGCGGUCAUCCCAGGGGCAAAAUUUUGGGCCACAUUUUAAAAGAAGGGAAAAAGUACAUAGCAGAAUAAUUACUGUGGUUGGUUGUUGGUGUACUUUAAAUAAAAUCAUCAACUAUGGUGGCCCCCUGCAUCCCCUAACUUGGGUUUAUGGGGGCUAUCACCUUGGGGGCAAACUUUUGUGGGCUCAAGAUAAAAAAUUAAAAUAAAAUAGUGAAAAAAAAUAGCAGUGUUGCAACGGAAUGAAGAAAUACAUGUUAGUUGUCUGUCUUUUUUUUUUAAUCGCAAACUGCGGUGGACCAUGAGGCUAAAUACUUGACAUGUGGGGGCUGUCAUCCCAGGGGCAAAAUUUGGGGCCACAUUUUGAAAGAAGGGAUAAAGAAAAUAGCAGUAGAAAAAUUAUGUACUUUUCGGUAUAAUAAAAAAAAAUGGUGGCCCCCUAAAACCCCUAACUGGUGUAUGUGGGGGCAGUCACCCUGGGGGCAAAUUUUUUGGGGCUCAACAUUGAAAAAACGAUAUAUAUUAAUAGAAAAAAAAUCUUAUCAGAGUUGCAACAGACAACUUAGAGUUGGUUUUCUCUUGCCGCCCCCCUCCCCUACCUGUUUAAGAGUCCCUGUGGGGGUCUCGUCGACAAAUAUGGGACAUGUGACAUUUUUUUUCCUUCUGUAUUCUCAGACCUUCCCAGCAACUACAGUAGCCCUAAAGGCUCAAGUAAUCCAACUAUUUGGGGUGGCUCUCCGUUGCAGCCCCUCCCCCCGGUAUUUAGUGGAUAUGUGAGGGCGGUAAAAACAGUGGUGACCCGCAAGGCUCAACACUUGGACUUGUGGACCCCAGGAACCGGUAGCGGGCGCAAUUGUGGGUGGGUGUCAGGUGCUUACCUUCGCCAGGCUUCUGAUAAAUAGCAGCAAAUAUGUUUUCAGAUUAUUCUCUUUUACUUUCCAAAACAUACAUGUGGACUCAUGUGGCUCGUCUGCCUGGAGCGCCCCCUUUUUCUGGUGGCCACGCCCUCUUCCUCGCAUGCACAGUGAAGUGUCGUUGUGAUCCAACCAUCGACUCCCGCCGCUACGUCACAUAAGCUAAGGCUGCCAGGCUCAAUUCGGAGUUUGUGCGGACUCAAAGUGGAGUGGACGUGUUGCUCUUCGGUGUGUGGGGCUGGGGGGGUGCUUGUCCUCCCUGCAGCUUGUCCUUUUUGUGCCCCUCUUUGCUGCAUCUGUCCCUUUUUGAAGGGAAGCCUUAUUUGUCAAAUGCACUAAAUCUAAGGAUGCCACGCGACACACAGCAACCCCCACCCUACCUCUGCUCACACCACGUCCAUUAACACACGUGCAGCACAGCGCCCCCUCAUGGUGAAGCCAUUUCACGCCUCCCCCGCACCCCCCGACAUAACAACACAUUAGCACACACUUACACACUCCACCUGUGUACCUUAAUCUCCUCCCAACUCAGCCAAAAGACGAAAAUGCAGUCGCAGCUCAGCCAAAAAUAACGACAAAAGACGCUGGAUUGUAAACCCUGACCAUAUUUCUUCUUCUUCUUGUGUGUUUGUGUGCGCGUGUGUGUGUGUGUUUGUGUGUAAACAUGUGCUGCUGAGUGUCGAGCAUGCUCUUCAUGCAUGACAACCUGCAUGUGCUGAUGACGAUGCAACAGAAACGCAACAUGCAACCAAGCUCAACAUGCCACACACAACAGGACCCCCUGACUUCCACCACACUCUGAGGCUCUCACAACAAUUUAGUAGGAAAUCAUACAAAAAGUUUAGUGCUAAAUUAGUAAAUCGCAUGAAAAGCUAACCACUAAAUUUACAAAAUGUUAGGCUCUGGGUAAUUUGGACUUUGUUGACACAAGACUUCAUCUGGACAUCGUGUGAAAAGUGUACCUAGCGUAAGCACCGCAGUGGCAAAUUGUACAAACACUUGGGCACCAAAUGAGUAAAUCCUACAAAAAGUACGAAAAGUUCAUCAGUCAUUCAAGAAAUCACAAAAAUAAGCACAUUUUCCAAAAGUUUGUGAAACAAAAGUUCUCACAAGAAUUUUGCAGUACAUUUUUGACAAAAAAAAAUUGGUACUAAAAGUUAGUCACCAAAUUAGGAAAUCAAAUUAGAAAAGUAGACCAAAAAAUGAAGAAAACACGAAAAAUGUCAACCCUCUUUAAAUGAUACCAUAUUUUUCAACAAGAAUCUCUCAGCACGUUGUAGAAAACAUGAGUUUGCAAAUUGUAUAACACGCUCAACACUGAAUUAGAAUCAUUUUUGUAGUCUCACAGUCUCCCAACAAUUGGCCAACAGGUUCUGAUGAGAACUUUGUAGUACAUUUUAUGAAAAAAAAGAGAAAUUUGUACAAAAAGUUAAUCAAAAAAUUAGGAAAUCACAGGAAAAGUAAACCACAAACUUAAGAAAUCACAAAAACUGUAGGUUCUAAAAAAUUUUGACCAGUGUAUUUCAACAAUAAAUUCUAAGGACAUUGUACGAAAAAUAAGUUUGCAAAUUGUACGAAAAGCUCAGCGCUAAAUUAGUAAAUUAUGAAAAAUGGUAAUUUUUUUGAGUCUCCCAAAAAGUUGGCUAACAUGUUGUCAUGAGAAUUUUGCAGUACAUUUUAUGACAAAAGAAGCAAAACUUGCACAAAAAGUUAAUCACCAAAUUAGGAAACCGCAAAAAAAGUAAACCCCAAAAUUAGAAAUCACAAAAAUUGCAAGUUCUAAAUAAUAUUGACCAAUGUAUUUCAACAAUAAAUUCUAAGGACAUUGUACGAAAAAUAAGUUUGCAAAUUGUACGAAAAGCUCAGCGCUAAAUUAGUAAAUUAUGAAAAAUGGUAAUUUUUCGAGUCUCCCAAAAAAUUUGACCAACACGAAAUUGCACAAAAAGUAAACCACAAAAUUAAGAAAUCACAAAUAUGUUAAGCUCUGAAUAAUUUUGUCCUGUAUUUUUCCAAGAAGAAUUAAGAAAUAAGGACAUUGUACUAAAAAUAAUUUUGAAAAUUGUCCAAAAAGCUAGGCACUAAAUUAGUAAAUUAUGAAAAUGGUUUCCUCAGAGACUCCAAAGAAGUUUGAUCAACAAGAACUAUGCCGUACGUACAGUAUAAAAAAAAAUAUAUAUAUAUGAGAAUUUACACAAGUAGUUAAGCGCGUGAAAAGUAAACCACAAAAUUAAGAAAGGCCAAACAUUUUAAGCACAAAAACAAAGUUUGCAAUUCAUACAAAAAUCGAAGCAUUAAAUUAGUAAAUAAAAAGAAAAUGCUAGUCUCUUAGGCUCCAACAAAAUGUAGCCAAGCUAAACAAAAGUGAACAACCAAAUAAAGUCAUCAGUCAAAUUGUAGGCACGGCGCAUCUGCUCAGAAUAAAUGUGAAGGUUUUCAUAAGAAUGAAUUCGUUUAUUGUGUGGAGGAACGUUCAAGUACCAUAUUUGCAAAUUGUUCACAAAAAAAUUGUACAAAAAUGCAGCCUGGAAGGUAACUUUUUAAAACAACACUAGCAUUUCCCCUGAAGCAUUAUUAUACCAUACUAUUAUAUAAAGGCUGUAUUUUGCCAGGAAAACCAAGUUGUUCGUGGUUUAAGAAGUUAAUAGUGCAAUUUUUUUUUUAUUUUUACCAAUUAGAAAGCACCCUUUUGUACGAAAUCCUACUAAAUUGUGGUUGAGAAGAUGCUCAUUUGAUGUAAGACAAACUUUACAGGAGGGCACACUGGCACAGGAAACAGACAUUUCGGAAGUUCCCACUUUUGGAAACAUGCGCACCCUCUUCCUGUUCGUCUUUCCAAGCCAAAGUCGGCCAUGUUUGUUAACUUUCAGCAAAGAGAGAGAUAAUUUUUUUCUUUUUUGUUUUUUUUAAAUCCAAGUGUUCCAUUUAGGCGAGUACAAGUAGCUUAUAGACUCCAAACUGCGGAGGUGCGUGCAUAAGAUACGAUUUUGAAAACAAGAAAAAAAAGUAUUAUAGCAAGUAUUUUUCUACAGCUACUUCCUGUCUGCAGGUCCUCCCAAAACAAGCUUAGGAGGCCUGGCUCGAAGCUAUAAAAGUAUAUUUUUAACAACAGUAGUCCCUCUAGAAUGCUAGUUCUCCUUUCUAGAAAGAAUCUAGACGGUAGUAGGAAGAACUAUUUUAUUACAAAUUCUACUACAAACACAAACAAGCUGUUUUGUUCCCCGGAGAAGGCGCGCCAUGUUCUUUCUGUGCUUGUCUUGUUGUUUCAAUGUGUUCUUUCGCAGCGACUGACAAAUAUAUAUAUAUAUAUAUAUAUAUAUACACACACACACACACACACACACAUACAUACAGUAUAUAUAUAUCAUAAUAUAUACAAACGUCUGCUGUAUAGUUUUGGCACAAAACUGUACAAAAUAAUGUUGUCACGUUGACUUUUUAAUAUAUUUUCGUUUCUUCUGUGUGUGCGUGUGUGAUGUGUGUAAGUUGUUAGAACUUGGCUCUUGGGUGCACAUUUUUCUGCUCAGUUGUGAUGAUGAAAGUUAUUUAUUGAAAAUACAAAGUAAAAUAAAAUUUAAAAAAAAGAACAAAAAACUUGCUCUUUUUAAUGACUCUAGUAAUUCCCUUAUUUCAGGAAAAUGAAUCAAAGUUAAAGACACAAAAUUAAUAAUUUAAUCAUUUUAAAAAUUUAAGCGCAAAAUCAGGAAAUUGCACGAAACGUAAACCACAAAAUUAAGAAAUACCAAAAAUGUUAAGCACUGAAUGAUUGUGACCAAUACUUUUCAACAAGAAAUUAUAAGGGCAUUGUAUAAAAAAUAAGUUUUCAGUUUGUACAAGAAGCCAAGGUCUAAAUUAGUAAAGUACAAAAAACGGUAGUCUCCAAGCCUCCAAAAAAAAUGUAACCAACAUGUUGCAAUUUGCAUGAAAUUAGCAGUGGGAAACUGCACGAAAAGUCAACCACAAGGUUAAGAAAAAAAAGGGUAAGCACUGAAGUACAUUGUACGAAAAAUAACUAUGCAGAUUGUAGGAAAAGCUCAGCACUAAAUAUGUAAAAUAUGGAAAUUGGUAGUUUCUCGAGUCUCCUAAAAAAUUCAAGUCUAAACAAAAAUACAAGAAUAUACAUUUCAAAUGUAUUUGUAUUUACUUUUAUUAAAAAAAUACAAUUCUAGAUGAAAAAAAUCCCAAAUGAAUCACAAUUAAUUUAAAAUGAGUUUACCUGUGCCAUAAAUAUAUACAAAUAUUUAAAUACAGUGAACCUCGGUUAGCGUCCCUUCUGGUUAGCAUGUUUUUCGUUGAAAAAGGGUUUACGUAGUUUUUCCAGUUAGCAUACAAUAUGCUGUGUGUCUUGUUGGGCAUGAGUCUAACUGUGCCCUUAAUGUUGUUUUUUUUAUGACUUAACGUCCUUAGCUUCUAAAAAAGAAGCUAUCGUGCUAAUAACCGAAAGACAAAUGACAAUGCUAAAUUAACCAAUGGUGAAUGAGCAAACUGUUACCUUCAUUGAAGACGUGAUUCUUGACUUGAGUGUUCCCGAUGUGGCACCGAGACACACCCCAAACACCUUUUUCCUAUGUUGUCAUGAGCUACUUCUUGAAUUCAAUUCAAUUUAAUAGUAAUUCCUCCGUUUUUUUUUAAAAAAAAAAAAUCAAAAUUCUGGUGCUUGAAACAUUCUGUGGCUCAGUUUUGGGUUAUUGGGGUGAAAAACACAACUGAAUAAAAGAAGUAACUCAUGGCAAAACAGGAAAAUGGUGUCCGUGUGGUGUCUCACUGCCACAUUGUGUCUUUGAGAACACUGGCAUCAAGAAUUACUUCUCAAGGAAGGUAAAAACAAUCUUAAAAGUUCAUUUAUCCCUUUCGUUUGUCACGUAUAUCCAUUUAUAAUUGUUUACUGCAUGUAAAUCUAUAAAAACGUGUUUUUGAAAGUCAACCGCUGAUGAUGUUGUAGACAUGCUAUUUUGUUAGCAAGCUAGGUUCUUUGUUUUAGAAUCUCAGGGCGUUCUGUGAUAAAAAAAAAUCAUUAAGAACACAGUUGGAGUCACACGGUGUAUUAAUAACAAGAUGCGAUCAUGUGGUCAUGUUUGGCCUUCUGGAACAGAUUAAUUGGGUUUACAUGAUUUCCUAUGAGAAAAAUUGAUAGCGUCCCUUUCGGUUCGGGUGGAAUUAAUGACUCUAACCAAGGUUCCACUGUAGUAUCAAAGUAGUAUAUACAUUUUAUGUCAUAGUAAAAAACAAAGAAACUAAAUACUACUCAUGUAACAGUUGGAUUUGACGAAAGUUGAUUGGUCAUGCCUGUUCAGUGGGGCGCACCGAAGAUGUCAUUAAAAAAGAGGUGUUGUAGUUCGGUGUGGCUGGCACAUGUGGUGUUGAAGAAACGGAGCGUAUUCAACACCACGCUUUCGUCAAAUCCAACUGUUACACUUAUAAAAGAUACACAACACAUAUUCUUUCCUCCAUAGGAAAUAAUAGUAAUAUAAAUAGUUUGUUCUCGGGUCAAACUGUCAGUCAUAAAACCUUUAUCUGCACAGGCAAUGUUGUCAGUCAUAUUGUAACAUUCUUAACUGUCAAAAAUAAGUUAGCCGUCGUUGCUUUAGCAUAUUAAAACAGUAAAAUGCUCUUUAAACACCCUUUUUAAAUAAAGAAUUCGAAAUGGGGUCACAAAAUUUGCGCCAUGCAUUUCCUGUUAUUUUCUCAGCGACUGUCAGACAACUGUAAAAAUAAGUCCACUAUUUAUUACAACUACCAUUUUCUUGACUAUAUUGAGUUAACCACUAUAUAACAUUACUAAGCAAUACAAUUUGUGGCGCAGAAUUUUGUACCAUUCUUAACGGUCUCACAAGUGUAAAAAGAA